CUUGUCGUUUAGAUCAGGAAGCUGGGAUGACACCGCUGGCGGCCGCCGGGCUGCGAGAGGCAGCUCCGCGCCGCUCCGCCCCGCGGCGGCCCCUGCCUCCAUGGUAGCGGCGGAGGGCGGAGGGAUCUGGAGGCGGCGGAGGGAGACGUCAUCGCGGGGUUGUUUGUGCAGUCUCGGCGGCGGCGCUGACCCGCAGUGAUUCGGCCGCCGCGCCGGGGUGGGGGGGCUGCGCGGGACUCUUUUUUUUCUUCCAGGUUGACCGCGGGGCAGCUGGGGAGCAUGUCGACCCCGGCGCGGAGGAGGCUCAUGCGGGAUUUCAAGCGACCAGAAGGGACACCCUUUGAAGAUGGUACUUUUAAACUAGUAAUAGAAUUUUCUGAAGAAUAUCCAAAUAAGCCACCAACUGUUAGGUUUCUAUCCAAAAUGUUUCAUCCAAAUGUGUAUGCUGACGGUAGCAUAUGUUUAGAUAUCCUUCAGAAUCGAUGGAGUCCAACAUAUGACGUAUCUUCUAUCUUAACAUCAAUUCAGUCUCUGCUGGAUGAACCAAAUCCAAACAGUCCAGCCAAUAGCCAGGCAGCACAGCUUUAUCAGGAAAACAAACGGGAAUACGAGAAGAGAGUUUCAGCAAUUGUGGAGCAAAGCUGGAAUGACUCCUAAUAGACACCCGGCCUGUCGGUCUCUCCGUCACUGUUGUGCAUAAUUGACCUCCAGUAGAAAGGCUAACAAAUUUUAAGUGCCACAGGUUUUAAGGAUUCUGCAGAAAAAAAAAAAAAAGAAAAAAAUCCUUCAGUUUAGAACCUACAAAAGCUUGUGUAUCUUGAUUAAUGUACUUUUUAUUGCAUGGUGUGAACUAAGUUAUUGCUGCAUAAAUUUGUAAUAUAUCCUGUUUGUAUUUUUUUCCAAGUGUAUAAUGUUGGUGUGGAGUUUUCAUGACAGAAUAUACACAUUUUGUAAAUCUGUACUUUUUUCAAAUAUUGAAUGCCUUAUUUUUUGAAUUCUUUAGAUUUUUAAAUUGGAGAAAAGCACUUAAAAGUUUUUUAUAUAUGAAUAUUACAUGUAAAGCUGUUAAAUACAUAACUUCAGUGCAAGACACUUUGUCACUUAUUUCCUUAUGUGUGUAGGAGGGAAUAACUCCAGCUUUCCAUCAGCUGAUCGUUUUGUUUCCAGUUUCAAAAGAACAUACUUAGAAAGACUUGAGGUUUGAUUCUGAAUACAAGUUGUUAUCUCCAGCUCAGUUUGGAAUGUGCCUGUGUGUAUUUAAAGGGUGUGAUGCUAAAGAGAACCGGUUUGAUUUGUCCAGCUCUGUGCUCCAGCCACCUGACUCAAGCCGAGCUGGCUCUUGCACUGGACCUUCUGCGGUCCCACUGUGUUCCACCCUUGACGCCUUGACCAGACACAGAGCCGCGAUGCCACUUGGUAGCACUUUGAAAGGUUUUUGAUGACAACAAACAGUAAAGCUGUAGAGAUUCAUCCAGUCAUGUGUCCACACCGGUGUUCAUGAUGAACUGGUUACAGUGGUUUGAGCAAGACAGAUAAUUUUGAAAAAGAGUUGUUGGUGUGAUUUAAAUAUUUGCAAGCUACCUUUUAAUGCAAUUGCCUGUUUAUAUUCUGGGAAAAUGUAUUAACUCCAGGGCCCACUGAGUUGGUUCUCUGUGGAGAUGUUUUUAUCUGCUAAGUUGUAUAACAGUUUUCCUGUAUCUUAGUUGACUGGAGAAAGUUGAAACAGUAUUGUAGAAAGUUAAUCUAAAGCUGUCUGAUGCCUUCAGAUAGUACAGAAAAUGGAAAAUGUAUCAGUAAAUUCUGUUGAACUA